ACAGGGAGGCUGCUUGUUCGGGGAGAGGAGUCGCACUUUCAGCUGCGGGAUGAGGAAACAGUCCAGGUGCUGAACUUGUCUUUACUUUGGAGCAGGGACGCAGAACAACCUGGAUUCAUUCACGUCAGCAAAGCCUCAGUUAUGCUCGGGACAAAACACAGCCUGGAUCCUGAUCAUCCACAUGGAUUUCUCUUCUCAGAGUGACGUCUCAGCUAAAGGAGCCCCGUUAUGUGCAGAGCUGGGCCGUGAUGCUGGCUACCCAGCACUUCAACUGCUCCGGCCCCAUGGCCUCCUGUAAUCACAACAGCAUGGAGCAGAGGCCUGAGGGGGGGAGGACGGGCACCAAUAACGGCACGGCCCCGAGCCCCUUGGCUGCCGGCAUCAGCAUGAGUCUGGGCAUCCUGUUCAACGUGGUGGCCCUCAUCAUUCUCGUCAAGGCUUACAACCGCUUCCGCAGGAGAUCUAAGGCCACUUUUUUGCUUUUUGCCAGCUCCCUGGUGGCCACAGAUCUGGCUGGACACAUCAUAUCCGGUGCACUGGUGCUGAGUAGAUACUCGGCGAGCACUAACUCCACAACCAGCAACACGUCCGAUCACGAUGUCUCUUGUAGCUUUCUGGGAGGCUCCAUGGUGUUUUUUGGCCUUUGCCCUCUCUUUCUGGGCUGUGCCAUGGCUGCCGAGCGCUGCCUGGGCAUCACAAAGCCUUUGGUACACGCUCGUCUGGUGACCACGGCACGGACAAAAAUGGCACUAACUAUGAUCUGGUUCCUGGCUUUAUGUGUGGCCCUGCUGCCUUCCUUCAACCUGGGCGACUAUGCCCUUCAGUACCCGGGGACUUGGUGCUUCAUCAGCGUGAUGGACGACGUUAAAGCCACAGACCUGGCCUUUAUGAUCCUGUUUUCUGGACUGGCUUUGAGCUCUCUGGCACUGGCUUUUGUGUGCAACACCAUCAGCGGCAUCAAGCUGGUGACGGCCCGGCUGAAGAAGAAGUCCUGCUCCCAGAGGUUUUCAGCCAGGGCUCAUGACACCGAGAUGGUCGUGCAGCUCGUUGGCAUCAUGGUCACCUCCUGCAUCUGCUGGAGCCCUCUGCUGGUCUUUGGACUGAUCUCAGCCACACGCUCCUACACUCACAGUCUCGCUGAUGACGACUGCACCUACAGAACGCUCAUGGUGACCGGCGUCAGGAUGGCCACCUGUAACCAGAUCCUGGAUCCCUGGGUCUACAUCCUGCUGCGGCGGGCCAUCCUCCGAAAAAUCUACCACAUCACCAAAAAGCAGGCCAGCUCCAGGGGAGGCACGCUCCGCUCUCUUCGCUGGGACAUCAGCUCCUUUCAAACCUCUGAGAAAAACUGUAUCAAAAACAUUUAAAGAAGGACAAUGGCAACUUGACGUCUAUCUCUUUUUGAACGAGGCUUUCACUUGGUAGCGAACACAUCGUUAAUCAUCUACAUGGAUGUCAUGGAAGUGUUAGCAAUAUGAGUCUCAACACUUCUGAUACUGACUGGCUAACAAUAACAACUUCUGCAUUUCUAUGUACGAUCAAAAGUGAGACUAGAAGGAGAAAAAAAAGUCCCACCUCAGUGAAAACUGCCAAAAGUUCAUAUACGAGCGCAAUACCAGUCUAUCCAGCAUGAGAAGGUUUGUGAGAAAUUAGUGAAAGUUUGCAUACAUGUCUACAGAAUUGUAUAAAUAACUAUCAAUUAUAAAUAAACCGGGCAAAAAUAUUAUACUUGGUCAUUUAUGUGGAUGAAAUUGAUCCAAUAAUACAUAACUGUGACAAAUAUCCAGAAUCGGAGCAGAAAUGAGGCUUUAAAUGAAUCCCAAAGACAACUGUUGUCGUUUUGUGGGCUGGUCACCCAACGAAAAAAACUACGGGAGGAAGAAGUUUUUUUUAAGAUGAUGAUGUCACAAAGGAACAUAGCUAACCUCUCAGCAGCUGAAAGCCUUUUGCACGCUGGCCUACUAAAGUUCACAGUAGGAGGACACGAAACAAUAAGGGUGUACGUGGCACAAAAUACAGAAGAACAUUGCUACUAACUCAUAGUUUGCUUUGAAUACCAAUAACAAACCACAAGGAUGUUAAAAAACAUGGGAAACAUGGAAAACAGGUGGUGGUAGAGUCAUAAGUCCGAUAAGUCUGAGCUUGCCAGACUGUAAAUGAAAAUAUCAGGACAUCUGACAUUUUCAGAUCUUGAAGGAUUAUGGGUCACACAGCAAGAAAUCAAUAAACAAUAAUGUUGUUUUAUUAAAAAAAUGCUCAAAAAGAAUAAUGUGUAACAACACAGUCAAAGUCUUGACCUUAAUCAAAUAAAUGUUUUGUGGCAGGAUUUAAAGCUGGUGAGAAAUCCCAGCUAAUUAUUUUACCCAGCAGAAAUACGUAGUAAUAUAUCGUUUUUAUUGAAGAACAAAUGUCCACUUUUAAUACUUUUGUCCCAUUUGUUCAAUUGAAGUCUUUUCUCUCUGAUGAUCAUCACACAGACAUUUCUAAUUGAUCCCUAAAUGUAGAACCAUCAGUCUAAAGCUGGACUUUAAUAUACUUAUUUUUUCAAACAUAAUAACUAGAAAACUAUUUAAUUGUGUUUGAACUAGUUAAAAGUCAAGUAAAAGAAAAGAGAAAAAGGCUGUCCUAUUACCUCAACUCGAAGAUGUGAAAAAACAUGUAUGUGCACGAUGUAGUGCUGUGACAUGAAUAUUAAUGUUUGUCUUUAUUGUAAAUGUGUGUACAGAGUGUCUAUUUUCCCCAAGUGCCUGGGGGACCAAAGUGAAGCUAAAUGAAUGUGAUGUUGUAGAAAAAAGGGAAUGUAGGAUUACGUCAUUAAUGGUUUCUUUUAAGUGUUUCAUAAUUCAUCUAUAACUUCUGUUGUGAAGAGGACGCCUGAACCUGGUGUUCUCUCUGCUUUUGACGUGGGUGGUGUCGUUACGGCACAACAAAAUAGCCCUCGGAGACCGUCCAGAGACCUCUGGAUGUCUGUCCCUUAGGCAAGAUGUCAAAAAUAUGUGAAAUAAAUCAUUUGAC